GCGAUACUAGUGAGUAGCUGACGUCACCGGGUGCAAUAUGGGGUCCGUGCUGCGAGUGUAGCGUGACUUUGGUAAAGAGAGAGUAGAGGAGUAGAUUUAUAAGAUUUUUUAAAUCUAAUUUGCGUCUCUGGGUUCUGAGUUUGAGUAUAUCGACCUCUAAAGGGGCGCACACUGGUGUUAUUUAGACACCUUGCCAUUUUAGUCUGGAGCUCAACUCCGUAGCAUUAACAUUAGCCUCACCUUUGACAGACCGCGGUAGAACCCGUAGUGUGAGUUUAUACAGGAUUUUACGGUAACCACCAAGCGACUGGGGAGAAUUACAGAACUGAGAUUCUCAUUGGUUUGUAUGGUGUAUUUGCAUUAAAACUGGUUGUUAUCGUUGAUCAAACUUGGAAACAAGCAUUCUGUUCUAUUCUUCUCAUGUGUAGUGAUUAAUAAGGAAGUGUGCGAGUAAACUUUUCUACCGUCGAUUAAAUCAAACGCCUUGUGGUUACCGUAAAGCCUGGUGUAUAGUCGCACUGCCGCGGUUUUGACAGGCGCAUGCCUCUGCAUUGAGCGUCUGUCUGGCAAGUACACUUUGUCAUGUGUCUGUCAGGGCUUUGAGGGUUUAUUGUAUUUUAGCAAUAUAUUUUUAUAUUCUGCACAAUGACAGGGUUAAGCUGAAACUUUUGUACAUUUCAGAACAGCUUAGCCAAAGUGGUGUAGCAGCUGCCAGAUCUCGCUUCCGCACACUGUGUAAAGCCCCCGAGCGCCUUUUCAAACGACGUGUUAAGUUGAUUACGAGUAGUAUUUUUCUGUGUGUGUGUGUAUGCGCCAUAUUAACCAUGCUGCUGUCGCUGAUCGUGCACACGUACUCUCUGCGCUACUGCAUUCCGGCGGCGGUCAUGCUCGGCACUGCGCCGGUCUACCUGCUGUCCUGGGGCGCAUGGCGAGUCCUCUCCACUGUCCUACCGGCCAGACUGUACCACACCGUGGACGACCACAUCUACACCAUCUACCAGAGCAUGGUCCUGUUCUUCUUCGAAAAUUACACUGGGGUUGAGAUUAUUAUUUAUGGAGACAUACCAAAGAAGAAGGAGAAUGUCGUCUAUCUCUCCAACCAUCAAUCCACAGCGGAUUGGAUCGUUGCUGACAUGCUAGCAAUUCGCCAAAAUGCACUCGGCCAUGUAAGAUAUGUGUUAAAAGAUGGUCUGAAAUGGCUUCCAUUGUACGGCUGGUAUUUCUCUCAGCACGGCGGCAUAUACGUCAAGCGGAGCGCCAAGUUUGAUGAAAAGGCCAUGAGAAGGAAACUCCGCUCUCAGAUGGCUUUAGGAGCACCAACGUAUCUUGUCAUAUUCCCUGAGGGAACGCGCUACAACCCUGAAUUUAAGGAAGUGAUCAAGGCCAGUCAGGCUUUUGCUGCAAAAGAAGGGCUUUCUGUACUAAAACACAUUCUGACGCCAAGAAUGAAGGCAUCACAUGUAGCAAUAGAGUCCAUGAAGGAGCACCUGGACGCAGUUUACGAUGUCACAGUGGCUUACGAAGGCACGCUGACUGCAGACGGGAAAAGACGCUCUGCCCCUUCAAUGCCAGAGUUCCUUUGUAAAGAAUGCUCCAGGGUGCACAUCUACUUUGAGCGGCUGGACAUGAGGGAGAUUCCUCCAGAGCCAGGCUUUUUCCGCAGGUGGCUUCAUGAUAGAUUUGAGAUUAAGGAUAAGUUGCUGACUUCCUUCUAUGAGUCUGAGGAGCCCAACGAAAAAUGCAAGUUUCCAGGAGAAGGUCAAAGGUCAGCGCUCAGCCUCAAAAAGACGCUGCCUUCACUGCUGGUGUUGAGCGGCCUCACUUUGCCAGUGCUGUUAACCGAGUCAGGUAGAAAACUCUACGUGAAAACAUGGAUCUAUGGGACUCUUUUGGGAUGGCUGUGGGUUCAUAUACGACCAUGAGGUAAAAGAAACCACUGACUUCCUGCCAGCUCGCAUCAGCAUGAGGAGACUAGUGCUGGUUAGAUCCUUGUGUUUUCAGCCAGCCAUGCUGUCACAUCUUGGAGUGUUCUUUUCUGCCGUGUUAGGGCCGAGAGGUGUUUGCAGGAGGAUGACCACCAUCUCUCUUUAUUCACUGCAUCUUUUGUCUCGAAGUCUUUGUUUGGUUUUUACAUUCUCAGUGUCAUGUCCAUUACGUUGGUUAUCUUACUAUUCUGAGCUGGAAAUAAAAGAAGAGCAGAAUUUUAAAUGGGGUUGACAUGCUUAUACAAAGGUUGGAUAAGAUUUUUUUUUUUAUUGUGUUCAGCUUUCCAUACAAGUAUUCAUAUUAUUAUUAAUGCCGUUGGUUCUGAUUUUUUUUUUUGUUUGUUUUGUUUUGUUUUGUUUUUUUUUUUUUGUUUUUUUUUUUUUAAAAACACGUUUGUUAAAACUGCAUUCAUUUAUGAUCGGACUUGUUUGAGAUUUUGUAAUUUGUCGUUUUGCAUGACAUUUUGGUUUGUUUACAUAUCAAGUGUGCUUUAUUCCUUUAUUUUGAUUAGUAAAUUGGUUUGUUUGCUUUUUUUUUUUCCUUUGCACAAUUGAUUGUCUCAUACAAUUUUGCCAAACUUAAGGAUGUAGGAGCAAUAUAUUGUCACUAAAUACCUAUCUAAUAAAUAUAUAUGCAGUAAAAUGCAACAGAGAAGCAUUUCACUGUACUCUGCCUUUAACAUGCAAAAUUAACCCUGUUACCUCAGUCACUUUUCCAUUAUUCAGUUGUU